CAAUAUAUUUUUUUUAAAACAGACCGGAAAAAAGAAAUUUCUAUGUUCUAAAUUUCUUGCGCGAUUUUUUUUUUUUUUUUUUCUACUUGAGAGGCAACAACGCCUAUCACGCAUCUCUUUAGUACUUUUAGAACAGCUUUGCCGACUUCAGUUUUUCACAUGAACUGAUUUUACUACAAACAUAAUAGCCAUCGAUGUUCCUUUUUUUCUUUCCGUCGCGUCAUGCCAACAAGAGAUUUACAUUUUUUAGUCAACUUUUUUCGAGAAAUGCAGUUCAUUACCGACUAAAGAACAAGUACAUUCAGUGUAGUCUGGAAGAGAAAAUGUCUUGUUAUGAUCGUAUGAUCAACAAUAACUUUUUUCAUUGAUUUCUGUUCUUUUUUUUGGGUUUUCUUUCUGGUCAAAAUAAUAUUUGUUAUUACAUUUCAAUUAAAGAAUAUAUAGAAUUCACUUCAAUUCCAGUAAAACAGAAACGACGAAGAAAAAAAUAUGGCCGAUACUGAAGAAACUAUUUUACAAUCAACUGAAAAUUUUCAUAAUAAUACAUUACGGACACUAGACUCAUGUACGGAAAUUUUAUUAAAAACAAUUACAUUAUUAAAUAAAUAUUCAGCAAAUAAAUAACAGCAACAACAACAAGAUGCUAAUGAUCUAAAGAUUUUGGAUUUAAUACAUGAGCAUGAAUGUGUUAAAAAUCUAGAAUUACGUAUGUCCAUUGUUGGUACAAUGAAAGCUGGUAAAUCGACAUUAUUAAAUGCAAUAAUUGGCUAUGAUUUAUUACCAUCAAGAAAUUCGGCAAUGACAACAUUACCAACAGAAUAUAUUUUAAACAGGAUCUUGAUCGACCACAAUUAAAAUUAGAUGAAAAUUUCAUAAAAAUAAUAAACGAUACAUGUUCAACUAUACAUUUGCACAUAAAAGAUAAAGAAUUAAAACCAUGUUUUGAUGAUCAAGAACAUCCUAUUGAAACGGCUUUAAAAGCUUCAGAAACAAAUAAACUUGAAUCAACAUUAAUAACUGAUAUCACACAAAUUCAAGAAACAUUACUACUUAUCAGUGAUAUAAUACGUAUAGCAUUAUUACUUAAUAUUGAUAAAAUUAAUAAUUUAACCAUUUUACCACGUUUAGAAGUACCAAUGAUCAAUUUAUUAUCAAAAUCAUCAACAUCGUGUGGCAACUUAAUAAUUGUUGAUACUCCUGGACCAAAUGAAGAUCAACUUUCCAAACAUCUGAAACAAGUAAUUAUAAAUGAAUUACGUAAAUCAGCAAUAAUAUUAAUCGCAUUAGAUUUUAAUUCGCUAAAUUCAACUGCUGAAGUAGAACUAAAACGAAAUGUUGAGACGGUUCGUUCAAGUAGAUGGUCAUAUUCUAUUCAAGAUGAUAAUGAUUAUUUAUAUGCAGUUGUUAAUAAAAUUGAUCAACGUGAUGAAAUUGGCGAUAGCACAACCGAACAAAUUAAAGCUUUCAUAUCAUCAAGGUUUAACAUUCAAAGACAAAAUAUAUUUGAAGUAUCAGCUAAAAAUGCUUUAUUAUCCUUCAUAUUUUUCAGAAAUAUGCAGGUUAAUAAAGCAUUUUUAGCUGAUACUAUAUUCAUUUAG